GACUCACUAGGCGCCCCGUAUAAAAACAACAAAGCACGGCAAAUUAUACAGAAUCUCAGCCGGCUGUUCGCAAUUUCGUUUAAAUAACUGUGACUCCGACCAAGAACACCGCAUCCGAGCUCUACUAUUUUUAGUCCACCUUAAAACGAAGAGAAAGCAUCACAAAAAUGGCAGAUCCACGCAUCCGACAGCUUGUUAUUAAAUCGGGAGUCGUCAGGCGGUUGACCAAAGAAAAAUCCUGCUAUGCAAAAGAAGUUAUUAUAGAGCAGUCCAGGAUGGAAAAGUUCAGGGGCGAGGGAGCAGACGAACAUGUGCUGCGAAAGCAGGAGGAAGUCAUCCAGGAGUGCAUAAUGAUGGUGCCGGACUCUAAGAGAAGACUGCAAAAGGAGUUUGAGAUCUUAGAAAAGUACCUCUCUGAUGAGCAGGAUCUCAAGGAGACGGAGGCAUACACUAAGGCCGCUGAAAUCCUAAAAGCAGCCAAAUUGGAACUGGAGAUCUAAUUGCAGCAAAUGUUUUUUUUUUUCAUAUACACGCAAUAAUUACAAAUUCCUGAAGGCAAAAGGUCAUUUUAAAAUUCUGAGCUGCAGAGCGACCUCAAAGCCAUAAGUAUUAUUCAAUUUAAUACCCAAUAAUCUUGUUUUGAUACAAGUAAAUAAAAGAUCAGCUGUUGGCUAGCAAGCGA